UGUAGUGGAAAAAAACGUAAACGUGAAAAAAAUUCAAACAACAGCAACAAUGAAACAAUAAUGAUAUCGAUGUGUUAUUUACCACCAUUCAGUGUGGGUACAUUAUCUGAAUCCAUAACUAAUCAUCGAACAUUAGAACGAAUGGAUGGUCAUUUUGUUGACGAUAUGAUCGAUCAGGCACAGAUGGUUUGGCGCCGUAAUCUACUUGCUUCUUAUCGUACACAAUGGUCAUGUGUAGGACGAUUACGUUCGGAAAUUGGUCGUUUACGACAACAAUUGACCAAACGUGAUACAAUCAUUGAUCAAUUACGAAGAGAAAAUUUUCAUCUUCGUAAUACAUUAGUUCAUAAAAAUAGAACAACAUCAACAUCGAAUAAUCAUCAUCAAUUACAGAAACAAUUGUUAAUGUAUCGAAAUUUUCAAUUCGAUAAAUUGAAUUUUUAAAACAACAAUCACCAUAUACAAUGUUAAAACAAAGCUAACGCAAUAGAUGGCAUAGUUGUUUACGUUUUUGUUUUGAAAUUCGAAAAUGUUUUCAC